AUGACGAAAGCUGCUCGUGACCGCAGCACGCCUACUGCCACUGAGCAAGCGUUCGGCAAGCUCAAGGUCUCGCUCGCCAAGGCAGCGGACAGCAUCACGCAAAGUCUCAAGACGCUGAAGAGGGUCCUCGGCAAGUACGAUCGACGUCGUGGCGCGUACUUGCGCCAGUCGUCCUACUACUCUAUGAGGAGCGACAUUCGCGUCGCAAAAAGCAUUGCGAGGGACUUGCGGUACGUGGCUCGACGGAUCAGCACGAGCAAGAGCCCCACCAUGUCGGAGAUUAAAGCCGCGCGCAUGAGUACGAACGCCGCAGUCGAUGCCAUGAACGAUCUGAAACAAUCUGGUCGAAUCUACGACCAGAAUCAAACGCCGGGCGACCCCGACAGUCUCACGAGCGUCAUUGACACCAUCAUGGGUGUCAACGACAGCACCUCGACGGCGAGUCGAGCUCGAGCAUUCGACAGCGGUGACGGUCAGCCGCAGACACACAAGUCGAAACGAGGACUCUUCGGGCACAAACGCAUUGGCAGAGACAUCUUCAAGGCUCCUGACACGGUCGAAGGGGUGAUGGCGUCGACUCUGCACGAAAGUCUCAGCGAAUUUGCUGCUUUGAAACAGCAAAUCGCAGCCACAGAGUCCGUCCUGUUGCCUUCGUUCGCCACCCGUGCCAAGGAGGCCGUCGUGGACAUUGUCAGCAGUCUAACUGGUGAAGUCUAA